GCGAAGCGCCACCAGAUAACAAGGCACAGCAGCAAACUCAUCGAGAAUACGUACUUGCGCCUGGAUGAGGCGAGAUCGAAGUACGCGCUCAAAAAGGAGCGGGCAAUUCGCUUUGGCGCAGUCGAAUGGCCAGACAUCGAGGCCGACGAAGUCGACUUGGGCAAAGAGGACGAUCGGAGGCGGGAUUGGAAGCAAAUCGCCAGGAAGCAUUUGGAGAACACCAACGUGGUGUUGCAUACCGAUGGCGCCCGCGCAUAUAAAAUGCGCAUUCCUGGGGCCAUCCACGACAACGUCGUGCAUUGCAAGAAAAAGACCAUCAUUACAAGAAAAACAAUAUGGGUGAAACCGAAAUACUCGGAGACAAAGAAGCACAUCCUUCCUGACGGGCAGAACAUCGUCGUUAGAACAAGCACGCAGAUCAUCGACCGCUUCUGGUCACACUUGAGAACGCACCUGGGCGGGCUCGCGCACAAGGUCAACAACAUAUCCAUGUGGAGACGUGUUCGUUCUGCUCAGUGGACGUACUGGGAGAAAGGCCAGGGCCUGUGGGUGCGUACGGGUGAGAUGCUGCG